AUAUAAAACCGAUACAAAGAGAUGUGGGAAACGGCACGUUGUGACACAGUGUCAGAAGCUUGCGGUUACUAGCAUCUAAAACCUCUUUGUGUGUUCUCACUAGCAUCUCCCGUCUCUCCCUACUUACUAUAUAUAGAUAUAAACUAUUCAUCCAAAUCAGAGCGAUACCAUAGAUUGCGAAAGACAUGUCUUCUUCUUCGUUUCUCUCCUCCGCUGCAUUCUUCACUUUCCUCCUCGUCCUCCAUCCGGGCUUCUGCCACGUGUCGGAUGGAGCUCAACAUGCAACUUACAUCGUUCACAUGGCGCAGUCUCAGAUGCCGUCGGGCUUCGACCUCCACUCUCUCUGGUACGACUCCUCCCUCAGAUCCGUCUCACAAUCUGCUCAGCUCCUCUACACAUACACCAACGCCAUUCACGGAUUCUCGACUCGGCUAACUCCCGAAGAAGCCGACUCGCUCAUGACUCUGCCAGGUGUCAUCUCGGUACUACCGGAGCACCGGUACGAGUUACACACCACUCGCACUCCACUCUUCCUCGGCCUCGACGUCCACAACGCGGACCUCUUCCCCGAAACCGGCUCCUCCAGCGACGUCGUCGUCGGUGUCCUCGACACCGGGGUUUGGCCGGAGAGCAAAAGCUUCUCCGACGUUGGAUUAGGUCCGAUCCCCUCCACGUGGAGAGGCGGUUGCGAGGCUGGAACUAACUUCACGGCUUCGCUGUGUAACCGCAAACUAAUCGGAGCUAGAUUCUUCGCUCGCGGGUACGAAGCCACGAUGGGACCAGUCGACGAGUCGAAAGAAUCAAGAUCUCCUAGAGACGACGACGGCCACGGGACCCACACGUCGUCAACCGCAGCUGGAUCCGUCGUGGAAGGAGCUAGCCUUUUCGGAUUCGCUAGCGGGGCGGCCCGCGGGAUGGCCCGACGCGCUCGCGUGGCGGUUUACAAAGUUUGUUGGGAAGGCGGUUGUUUCAGCUCGGAUAUUUUAGCUGCGAUCGAUAAAGCUAUCGACGAUAACGUUAACGUUUUGUCGAUGUCUCUCGGCGGUGGCACGUCGGAUUAUUAUAGAGACAGCGUCGCGAUCGGAGCGUUUGCGGCGAUGGAGAGAGGGAUAUUAGUCUCCUGCUCCGCCGGUAAUUCUGGUCCCAGCUCGUCCACUUUAUCGAACGUAGCUCCGUGGAUCACCACCGUUGGUGCGGGUACGAUAGAUCGCGAUUUUCCGGCGGUUGCGGUUCUCGGAAACGGGAAGAAUUACUCGGGCGUUUCGUUGUUUAAAGGAGACCCCCUUCCGGAUAAAACGCUGCCGUUUGUUUACGCGGGGAAUGCUAGUAACGCGGCUAACGGGAAUCUAUGUGGGCCCGGGACUUUGAUUCCGGAGAAAGUGAAGGGGAAGAUCGUGAUGUGCGAUAGAGGAGUGAACGCCAGGGUUCAGAAAGGAGAGGUGGUGAAGGCUGCCGGCGGACUCGGGAUGAUUCUCGCUAACACGGCGGAGAACGGAGAGGAGCUUGUGGCGGAUGCUCAUUUGUUACCUGCCACCGCCGUGGGAGAGAAGGCCGGUGAUAUUAUCCGGCAUUACGUCUUAACCGAUCCGAAUCCAACCGCUUCGGUUUUGAUUCGAGGGACCGUUGUUAACGUCCAGCCGUCUCCGGUUGUUGCGGCGUUUAGCUCGAGAGGACCUAAUUCGAUCACGCCCGAUAUUCUUAAACCGGAUUUAAUCGCACCGGGAGUUAAUAUCCUUGCCGGUUGGACCGGAUCCAAGGGACCUACCGGUCUAGCUUCCGAUGCUAGACGCGUGGAGUUCAACAUCAUCUCAGGAACGUCCAUGUCUUGCCCUCACGUGAGCGGUUUAGCUGCGCUUCUCAAGUCCGUGCAUCCGGAGUGGAGCCCGGCGGCGAUCAGAUCGGCUCUCAUGACCACCGCUUACAAAACAUACAAAGACGGGAAACCGAUACUCGACGUCACGACGGGGAAACCUUCAACGCCGUUUGAGCAUGGCGCAGGACACGUGUCGCCGACGACGGCGAUCAAUCCGGGACUUAUUUAUGAUCUAACGACGGUGGAUUACUUAGGCUUCCUCUGUGCGUUGAAUUACACACCGUCGCAGAUCAGAAGUGUGUCGAGACGCAAUUACACUUGCGAUCCUAGUAAAUCGUACUCCGUCGCUGAUCUAAACUAUCCGUCGUUCGCCGUUAACGUUGACGGAUCCGGCGUGCUCAAGUACACGCGCACUGUCACGAGCGUGGGAGGAGCCGGGUCUUACUCGGUUAAAGUAAAUUCGGAGACAACUGAAGUGAAGAUUUCGGUUGAACCGGCGGUUUUGAAUUUCAAAGAAAUAAACGAGAAGAAAUCGUAUACAGUGACGUUUACAGUAAACUCGUCCAAGGCGUCUAGGUCUAAUAGCUUCGGGAGCAUCGAAUGGUCAGAUGGGAAACACGUGGUGGCUAGUCCCGUAGCGAUCAGCUGGACAUAGUUGUAAAUUGUGACAAAAUUAAAGGGCUUGAUGGAAAGAAUAAAGUCACGGACGUUGUAGUGCCGUUCUUUGUAAUAGCUCUUUGUUUCAAAGCAAAAGUGGCAUGCAGUGUGUUCUUGGGCUUUA